AUGGACGACGCCCUGCAGCUGUUUGAUGAAAUGCCUCCAAGGCUGUCCUCGAUCAUACAGGCCUACAACAAGUGUUGCAACCGGCAUCAACACAGAAGCAUCUUCUCAAGCUCUCAACCAAAGCAAGGAUACAAAGAAGAUUGCCUUGACGCACUAGCAGCGUCGGCGGCAGCAAGGGACCCGGCCAGCGUCUCGUCUCACAAGCAGUCCUGCCCUGCCCCUUGCCUUGUGGUGAAGAAGCUGAUCCUCAAGGUGAACCUGAACCCCAAGGUUUACAUCAUGUCUCGUAAGCCAGUUGAUUUAAGUCCAGGGCAGCUGCAUAAGCUAGCCGAGUUGAUCCAUAGACAAGAAGUGCAGAAGCUUAAAGAGCUCCAGUUCACGUCAUAUGCUGAGCAACAAGAGUAUCUCCAUGUUGCCAAAGACGCCCGUGAUGUGGUGUACCACAUCCUUGAUAGUGCACAGGAAAUGGUAACGCAGACGGAGGCCGAGAAGGACACCACCAAGCAAGAUAUUGCCAAGGAUGUCUAUGAAUACUGCACCAAAGGCAUCCAAACAUCCCUACAAUUCAUUCGUAGUUGCAACACCCGUCACACCUACCUUGACAAGCUCAAGAGCCACAGUGAUGAUCUCAUCAAGCAGCUAAAGUGGCUCGAUCCAGCCACCCAACAGAAGGAAGCUCAACGUCUUGCUCUUGAGGCCGGCACGUAUAAAAAAGCCGUGCUUGAGUAUGCCGAAAAGUUUCAGCAUUUUAUCCCAAAUCAAUUCUCAAGAUGGCUCAAGGAAAACAACAUCAAUUUUGAGGAUCUUGUGAAACGAAAUACGGCAAAGCUUGGUUUUAAUAAGCCUUUUAAAAACUUGGAUAAUAUCCAAAAGCUACAGGUAUAUGAAACUAUUAUUGAGGAAGCGGGUCAAGGAAAAUCUGUGGUGACUUACUCAGUUGAUGCUUUGGGAAAAGUCGGGGUUGCAUUUUUGGUUUUUACAGCAGCAGCAAUGGUGUGGGACAUAUACACAGCAGAGGAUAAGACGGAGGCAGCAGUUCGUAAUGCAGUGAGUGCGUUAAGUGAAGUAGUUACCCUUGCGAUCAGUGAGGUAGCUAAUGUUGCUAUACAAGCUGGACUCCGAGCGCUUAGCAUUGAACUCGCUUCUGCAACUGUCACGGUAAUCGGAGCAGUCGCUGGGUUUGGAAUUGGUGUGGUCAUUGGGAUAGCUGCAGGUGCGCUGCUUGACUUGAUUUUCAGCUCUGGAACGGUGGACAUCACAGAAGGGCUUACCCCUUGUCGUGUGGCUCCUAUGCCCGAUGGUCUCGAACUGGCUCGUCUAGUUAAGCAUAAUUACCCCGACCUGUAA